AUGGCUUGGAAGAAGAGGUCCUACAAUGUCUACUUCCUCUGCUCGUUCAUCACCCUUGGUGGUGGUCUGUUCGGUUUCGACAUCUCGUCGAUGAGUGGUGUUUUGGGUACCGCGGCCUACAACAACUACUUCCGAGUCGGCGACGGCAAUUAUAAACAGGGUGCAAUCACCUGUGCCAUGCCCUUUGGAUCGCUCAUCGGUGCCCUAGCCUCCAGUUUCCUCGCCGACAAAUACUCUCGUGUCACAGCCAUUCAGUUCUCAUCUACUCUGUGGAUUAUCGGUUCAAUCUUCCAAUGCGCCUCCAACGGUAUCCCCCUGCUGGUCGUCGGCCGUGUGGUCGCAGGUCUUUGCGUCGGCAUCUGUUCGGCCAUGGUGCCAGUUUACAUUGCCGAGGUGUCGCCUAAGCACAUCAGAGGUCGUAUGAUCUCGCUGCAGCAGUGGGCCAUCACCUGGGGUAUCCUGAUCCAGUACUUCAUCCAGUACGGCGCCAGCAACAUCGACGGCGGCCCUAAUAACCCAACCCAGAGCACGGCGGCUUUCCGCAUUCCCUGGGGCAUUCAGAUCGUCCCUGGUGUUAUCUACUUCUUUGGUCUCUUCUUCUACCCCAAGUCGCCCCGCUGGCUGGCGAGCAAGGACCGCUGGGACGAGUGCAUGCAUGUCCUCUCCCGCCUCCACGGCAACGGCGACAUCAACCACCCGCUUGUGCUGGCCCAGUACAAGGAAAUCCAGGAUGCGCUUGCCCUUGAGCGCGAACAGGCCAGCACCAGUUAUCAGGAGCUCAUCAAGCCGCGCAUCGCAAAGCGCGUCUUCCUUGGCAUGAGUCUGCAGAUGUGGUCGCAGCUCUGCGGUAUGAACGUCAUGAUGUACUACAUCGUCUACAUCAUGCAAUCGACCGGCGCCGGCUCUCCCCUCCUCACAGCAUCAAUUCAAUACAUCCUCAACACAGCGCUCACCCUCCCCGCAAUAAUCUGGCUCGACCGCUUCGGCCGCCGCCCCGCCAUCCUGAUCGGUUUCACCAUGCAAGCCAUGUUCCUUUACGUUGAGGGUGGCCUCCAGGCCGGUUACGGCCGCGCAACUGUACCGGAAGACGACACCCCCGCCAUCUCCUGGACUGUCGCGGACCACCCCGACGUCGGCAAGGCCAUCAUCGCCAUGUCCUACCUCUUUGUCUGCUCCUUCGCCACGACCAUCGGUCCGACCUCCUGGACGUACCCAGCUGAGAUCUAUCCGGCCAAGGUCCGCGCUAAGGCUGUCUCUCUGGCGACGGCGUCCAACUGGACCUGGAAUUGUCUCCUUGCGCUCUUUGUCCCUCCCUUGCUGUGGAGCAUCAACUGGAAGAUGUAUAUGAUUUUCGCAGCCUUCAACACCGUUGCAGCAAUCCACAUGUUCCUGACCGCCCCCGAAACCAAGGGCUUCACGCUCGAGGAAAUGGACGAGGUCUUUGACACCGGCAUCAAGCCGUGGAGCAGGAGGCGGAACAUCGCGUCUCGCCUUGAGGAGAUCGAGCGCGAGAUCGCCGAGGGUAACCUUAAGAUCAGUGACCGCGCUGCGCAUGACGAGCAUGGCCAGGUGCCGGAGAAGAGGGCGGUUGAGAGCGUGGAGCCUGAGAGGGCGGUACAGCCUCAGGACAUCUCGCCCCUCAUCCACGCCAACAAAGCGCCUACUUCAACUUCCACGCCAACCCACUUCAACCUGUUUUCAAACCUUGUCUACAGCAUGUCACAAGAAAUUGAUUCCGAGACCAUCCGCCUCCCGACUGUCGCUGAGAUCGAGGCCGCGACGGACCUCAUCAGCACGCCCGACUCAUCCGCCAAAGUCGUCCGGGUGAACGAGCAUUUCGCAGUGAAAAUGGGUCACGGCGUAUCCCUAAUCGAGGCUGAAAACAUGAGGUUUCUCGCAGCAAACAGCAAAGUUCCAGUCCCAAAGGUCCAUGCGGCCUUCAGGGACCCCGGCACGAACAAGGCUUAUAUUAUCAUGCAAUAUCUUCCUGGCGACACCCUUGAAACAAUAUUGCCAUCCCUCACACCAGUUGAGAAAGCUACAAUAUGCAAUUUAAUCAAAGAUGCGAUUACUGAGUUACGCAGUAUACCGCCGCCAGGAUACUUGGGGAUGUUGAAUCGCCAGCCAUAUCUUGACGGGGUAUUCUGGUCUGAAGGCCUAAACCCUAAGAUCUCAGGCCCCUUUGAGAAGCAGGAAGACAUGAAUCUUGCCAUUAUUGAGAAGCUCCGCCAGACAGAGUCGGACCAGUACAUUCGGUUGCUGCAGAAUAUGGUCAACCAGACUUUCCACAGCCACCGCACCGUUUUCACCCACGGUGACCUUCAGCCAAAGAACAUCAUGGUUGAAAGGCUCCAGCUUCAAGAACGCGGCGGAUGCCCGGGAUUCAGGGUUACUCUACUCGACUGGGAAAGCGCUGGCUGGUAUCCGGAGUUCUGGGAUUUCUGCAACGCUACCAUUGCCUGCCAUACCAAACAGGCAAGUCUCCAGUGCAAUCACUUACCAGUCCUCCAGCUUGCUUCCAAGGUUGGCAAGCUAAAUACUAAUAUACAUGCCUAUUUACAGUGCUACAAUGAUAUUCAUGCUUAA